CGGAAUGGUUAGUGCAAAAUCGUUUAAAGCAAUACCUAUCAGAACCAAGACUCUUUCAUCAUCUACAUUUUAUCAACCACUGUCGCGCGAAUUCCUCAAAUUUUGGGGGUUGGAAGCCAUGCUUCCCCGUCUAGUAGCGCGUCUUCCUCUAGCUAGACACUAUGGGUUAUGUAUGAGAAAAUUUAGUAGUGAGGCUACCACUACUCAGAAAAUCAGUCUCAUAUUGUCGACAAAAACCCCUAAACAAGUGGUUAUAGAGGCAUUACACAAGCAUUUUGAUCGUUUGCCUAGGAAAUCUAUCAACACUCUGGAUGGUGGAGCAGCCAUUUUUGCUUCCCCUAGUUUCGCAACCUGGUUAAGAGAUGAUAGUUUCAUAGAAGGCUUACUUGGAACUCUCUUCGACCUAGGUAACCAUGAAAACUCCAAAUGCGAAAGCCUUGACGCUUUGUGUGCGGUGACAGAUGGGCUCACACCGAAAACACUAUUCAGCGAGCCCCAAACGGGCUUUUCCAUAUUAUAUGGUCCAACGAAGAAUCUCCUUCCUGGCUUAUGGGAUCUUGAUAGUUAUCAAUCAGUCAGCGAUCAGGAUAUAGAAUCUUCGGUGUCAUUCUUAUCGAGCCCUCUACCCAAAGAUACACGGCCCCUUGAGAUUACAUUGCCUUUAGCAAAUACAGUUUUUCAUACUGGAAGCCGCACUACUUUGUUCGCAAGCCAUUGGCAACGCGAUCGUCUUGGGAAUUUGGCUCAUUCCCAGACGUCCACGAAGCUGACGCAGCGGAUAUGUCCUGACAUCAAUUUAGCUGACCACACACGCCCGCUUCUUCCUUUCCUGCCGUUAAUACCCCCUCGGAGAAUUGUUGCUGGCUUAGGUAAUAUCGUUCGCCAGGUCGAAGUCGAUGGUUCUCCAACCCCUGCCUCAAAAGAGCUAGAAAGCCUCGUUCCAAGAAUUUUUGAUAUUAGAUCCAAACGGGAUGUAUCAUAUUCACCCGGCCCUAUCGGGGUAUGGUGUUGGAUUUUACCUCCUCAUGUCGUGGAAAAGUACAACCUUCUUAACCUAAAAGUCUUCGAAGCCGAAUCACCCCAAUCGGAAGCAGAAUUAACCCUUCAGAGCAUGAAUAUGUUCUCUGAGUUGAUCUCUUCCGGUUGUCGAUUACAUAAAAUACUCAGCGGAGGAGGCGGCUGGGGCCUCAAGCAAGGACUUCUUUCCCUUGAUCCUGAGACACAGUUUUCUCUGCCGAAUCAAGACGAUCAACAUGACAUCGAGAUGUUCAUCAGAGCUUUCAAAGACAUUGGUAAUCCUAAUCCAUCUGAGGGCCUUGUAACUCCAGGUUCAUAUAUCAUGUUCUGUAUCGAACCGCACUUAACAGAGAAAGAAAUAGGGGCAAGCCGGCAGAUGGCCCCAAUGACAGCCCUAGGUGUUGCUCCGAGCGGUGAUCAAGAACCUGAUUCUGCAAGCCAAUCAAAUGAUAUCGAGAUAAUCGACAACCAUUUCGGUGUGGUAUCAAAAGCUGGUUUAUUCUUGAAAGCUACGACGUUGUCUCAUAUGGACAAUAGCAGUGCAAGCAAAUCAGCUGAACAACCCCAGGUAUUCACAACGAAGAUUGACUCGCCACGAGCUUCAUUUUUACUUUAUGGACCUCAAAUAUAAGUAAAUUUCGAAAGGCGACUCAUAAAGUACUUAUUAUAGUACUCUUGACGUCCUACGAAAUCCCUCCAUGGGUUUGUACGUAGCAAACAAUAUACGUACUACAGCAUACAGUGAAUUUAAUAGUUUGCAAAUACUGUGCAACCAUGCAGCUGUCCAGCCGCCAGCGAA